CUUUGCUGCUCAGGUUUCGCUAUCUAUCGCAACAUCCAGAUGGCCGAGGGUGAUGAGCUCUAUCGAGGUCUAGAGAAUUCGUUUCGCGCGGGGGAUUACGUGGAAGCAAUGACAGCGGUAACAAACAUUAAAAUUCUGCUGUUGUCUUUGCAAAACAAGUUAGGCGAGCGCGAGUUGCUCCUUGGUCAACGGACGCUGGAGAUAGCUGUGCUGCUCAGCGUGCAUACUUCUGAUACAGCAGGGUUCCAGCGGAACAUGUCUCAGCUCAAGGCAUACUAUGGCCUUCCUGGGCUCGCCACGAAGUCAAAGUUGCGACAGACAAUCUUGGGUCUCCACCUGCUUUUCCUGAUCGUUGAGAAUCGAUUGGCAGAAUUCCAUUCCGAGUUGGAGCUGAUGGCGCCUGCAGAUAUGAGAUGCCGAGAGGUGGAGUUCUCAAUCUCGCUAGAACAAUUCUUAAUGGUAGGGACUUAUAAUCAAGUCCUCGCAGCCAAGACCAGCAUGCCGGCACCUGAGCACUUCUCGUAUUUCAUGGGGAUGCUCUUGGAUACUGUUCGUGACACGAUUGCUGAGUGCGCCGAAUCUGCCUACGAAUCUCUCGAUUGUAUCUCUGCACGCGAGAUGAUGAUGUUCAAUUCAGAACAAGAGCUCAAUCAGUUCAUUACACGGAGCCACUCUGGGUGGAGCCUGGUCGAAGGUCGCAUUAUUUUCAACACGAAUAGUCAUCCGAGGUCACAAGAGAUUCCAUCCCGUCGUCUUAUUUCAGAAAAUCUGAUCUAUGCCACCGAGCUUGAGCGCAUUGUCUAAACAAUCUCUGGCAUGCCCGGUGAAGUAAGCUAGCGCUUUACAAUACAGAUCCAAGAUAGUAGCAAGUUUGUUGUGAAACUUUGAAAACGGACAAGCUCCAUGUGCCAUACAGUGGAGGAAUUGGGGUCUGAAGUUCACUUUUGAGUUUCAGGAUAAUCAAAAGUGGGUCGAUAAUCGCAGGAUAUACGUCGUGAUAAAGCGGCGAAUACCGCCCUGAGAACGAGAGUGUGAUUAAGCACAAUCAAAGUGCGCUUGGCGAUAGCCCGGCUACCCAGGGAGACGACGCUCCAUGCCUCGGGCUAUGCUGCCCUAUCUCGGGACUGUGCCACCCUCCCUAUACGGGGACAUUCUUACUUGGACGCGGGCGCUGGACGCGGGGAUGUUGGCAGUUCCAGGUACUGGCCUCCCCGACCCCCCUGGGCACGCUUCCAUGAGUGCCUGCAGCGCGUGCCACUUCUCUCCAAACUCCACCCUUAUCGUUUAAAUAUCACUA